AGUUGUCGGUUGGUGGUGGCGGCGGCGCGAGCGCCCGCGCGGCGGUGGAGUCGUCCCGGUUAAGACGCGGUACAUAUCUAAAAAAAAACGCUUCCUCACGCGAGUGAGUGAGUGAGUGAGCGAACGAACGGACGGCGCCGUCGUCGUCUUACUCGUGUGGAACGGCCGCGGUGAGUGACGGAGGCGCGCGAUGGCCGCUGCCGUCAACACCGUCGAAACAGAGGAGCAGUCAAAGCUGCGUUUCCAGGUAGAAUUGGAGUUUGUUCAGUGUCUGGCAAAUCCAAACUACUUGAACUUUCUGGCUCAGCGCGGAUUCUUCAGGGACAAGACCUUUGUGAAUUAUCUCAAGUACCUGCUCUACUGGAAGGAACCAGAAUAUGCCAAGUACUUGAAGUAUCCCCAGUGCCUGCACAUGCUGGAGUUGCUACAGUACGAGCACUUCCGGAAGGAGCUGGUGAACGCCCAGUGCGCCAAGUUCAUUGACGAGCAGCAGCUGCUGCACUGGCAGCAUUACUCCAGGAAGCGAAUGAGGCUGCAGCAAGCCCUGGCUGAGCAGCAGCAGCAGAACAAUGCGUCCAGCAAGUGAGGGCUCAGAGGCUGGCGGUAGAGAAGCUCAGAAGAUGGACAGAUAGAAUGAUGAUGAUGGGGUUGGAGUUUAACAGACAGUGUGUGAAACACUGCCACCAUAUAGAGCACCGAUAUUAUUAACUGGACAAAGCUUUGGGGAACUCUCCAGCCAUUUGUACUUAAGAAAGGACCAAUAGAACUGUUGUAAGAGGAGUUUUGCUCCUGUGGGAGCGAGCGACUGAAGGGCUUGAAUUGGUGUUGACCUCUCCCCUCUCUUCCUCCUCCUCCUCCCGUCUUGUGUCGGAUGAAAAUGUCCUGAAGUUGCUCAGGGGCAGCAGAGACUAUCGUCAGGAAUGCAGCAAAGUUCACAGAAGUCAUGGGAAUAAAUCCUGACCAAGCGGACAAGAUUUGGGACUGGCCCCUGGAGAGCCAUGUGUCCCUGAAGUUCCAUUUGGUCCAUUUGUUUGUGGGGGUAAAACUGUUGUAGUGAGCAAUAAGCCUACUAAAAUAACAUCACAGUUGUUUAUUACACAUGACAGCCUGUGAAAAUGAUUUUCUCUCUUUGUGUUGGUGAUUGUCAACUUGUGGUCGUCACCAAAGGGCAAGGUUGAGAGUGAUAUUUACUGGGUUAAAGAAGUUUGCGUUUCUAGAACCGUCGAGUUUACAGCCAGAAUCCGGCCAUUCGUGUCUGUGGUGGCUCUAUGAAUGAGCGAUCCAUUCAGACCCAUUUACUUGCCUUUCCCCAAACUGUUCUAAUCUGCUUUUUUUAUGGAGAAGAGCUAAGAGAAUUGGGUUAAAUGGAUUGCAAGCUCGGGUACAGUGGGCCAAAUGACCUCCAGGUCUGUAAAUUUCUAUGCUUUGUUUAUUAUACUAUGGUUAUCUCUCGUGCAUGAUUGAAUCGGUGCCUUGGGACGUACUCCUGAAGCGAAAGGCGGUGCAUUGUUGUUGAAUCUUUAUAAAUAAACCAAUUGACUUCU